AUCAUAAAAUUUUUAAUGGAUCUUGCAAUAAGUAACAAAAUAUUGAGCAAGAUGCUUUCCAUCAUUUUCAUUGGUUUGUUGUUGAUGCUUGGCACAGUUGAAGCUGCCACCAGUGAUUUGCCUCAACAAAUAAAAGUAAAGGAAAAUCAAAACCCUGGCACUCUUGUUGCAACUGUUGAAGUGACUGGAAGCAAUUUCCCUAAAUUAACUUUAGUGGGAGAUAUACUGAACUAUUUAAAAGUAGUAGAUAAUCUUUCUUGUACUAAUACUGCAUCAUGUAACAAGUUUGAUUUGGUUACCAUAAAAGAAAUUGACAGAGAAAAAGUUCCGAUCUCAUAUAUUACAUUUAUUCCUAAGUUCACGGAUGGCUCAGAAGGUAAUAUAUGUAACUUUAUAAUUAUUGAUGAGAAUGACAAUCAUCCAGUUUUCGGGAGUCAACGAUAUAAAGCAACAAUACCAGAGGAUUUUCCAGUAAACAAUACAAUACCAAAUUUGCAGAUAACAGCUACUGAUGCUGAUGAAUUUCCCACUCUAAAAUAUUCUUUGAUACCUGCUGAUCAGAAUUCAAAAGGAAUUGAACACUACAUGAAAAUUGUAGAUAAGUUGAAAGGUGUCAUCACAGUAGUAAAAGAACUGGACUAUGAAACAAGAAACUUUUUUGAGUACAUAGUACAAGUAUUUGAUGGAAAGUUUACAUCAAAUGCUUCUGUAUGGAUCCAAGUUGAGGAUGUUCAAGACAAGCCACCAGCAUUUAUACAUUCCUGUUCUGUUGAGAAAAUCAAGGAAAAUUCAAACAAGGGAACUCUCAUCACUAAAGUGACAGCUGAAAGCCGAGACAGAGGCAUACCGAAUGAUAUUGGUUAUGAAAUUAUUAAUGAUUCUUGUUCAGCCUUUUCUAUUUCCAAUAACAGUGGUGAAAUCAGAAUUGAAUCUGAUAAUCUUGACCGAGAAGAUCCUGUAAUUGAUAAACUGAAUGGCGUCUGUACUGUUGAAAUAAAGGCUUAUGAAAUAAAAAAUAACCAAAAAGGUGAUAGUGUCACGAAAAACAUCACAAUAUUUGUAGAAGAUGUGAAUGACAAUGAUCCCUUGUUCAAUAAAAAAUCUUUUACUGCAAAGGUCAAUGAAAAUACUACAAAGGAUAAUCCAGUAACAAUAAAUGAGAUUAUAACUGUAAAAGACGAGGAUACGGUGGAGUACAGUAAAUUCAGUCUUAGCUUGAAAACUUUGGAUGGUAAACCAUUCACUGCUCUUAAAGUUAUUCCAGUAGAAUCAGUAAUAGAAACAACUAUAGCUCUGAGUGUUAAUAAUCCUGAUGAACUUGAUUAUGAAAAGGAAAAACAAAUGACAUUUAAGAUUGUUGCUGAAGAUAAAGCUUCAUCUAAAGCCAGUGAAGCUAAUGUUACUCUAGAAAUAUUGCCUGUGGAUGAAUUUCUUCCCCAAUUUUCUCAGCAAAAAUAUCAAGUAAAUGUCUCUGAAGAUAAAACUGUUGGUAAUCUGAUCACCAUAACUGCUACUGAUGAUGAUUCAGGCAAAGAUGGAGAAGUGACAUAUGCAAUAUUUGGAGACAAUAGUUUCACUAUAGACAGCAAAAGCGGUACUAUAUCAGUCUCAAAGAAGCUGGAUUAUGAAAAAGUAACUUUUUAUAGUUUACUUGUUGAAGCCACUGAUGGAGGUAAUCGAAAAGCGACUGUUGAUUUAGAUGUUUUUGUGAAGGGCAUUAAUGAUAAUGCCCCUAUAUUCAGACCAAAAUUCUAUACUGGACUUCUGAAAGAGGGCAAAACCAGUUUUGAGUAUGAAAUCACUGUUCAAGCAACUGAUGCUGAUAAAGAGAAUUCAGGUAAUUCUCAAGUAAAAUAUUCAAUAGUAAAUGCUAGUCAAAGCCUUUCAAACAGUUUUUCCAUAAAUGCACAAAAUGGAAUUAUUACUCCAUCAAAUAUAGAUUAUGAAAGCCUGACUGAUAAUGUCAUCCAGUUAGUAGUCAAAGCUGAAGAUAAUGGUAAACCAGUCAAGGAAGAUACUGCCAUUGUUAAUAUCACUGUAUUGGAUGUAAAUGACAAUGGGCCUCAGUUCCAAGAAAGUUUUUACAAUAUAUCAAUAAAGGAAGAUUUAACUGAAGAUAGUUGGCUUUUAAACAUUACUGCAAAAGAUAAUGAUAAGACAAGUCCAUUCAAUCGGGUGAACUUCCGUCUAAAAACACAAACCAGUGUCUUUCGCAUAAAUUCAGAGGAUGGAAGUAUUUUUCUCAGCAGUAAAUUAAACCAUGAAGAUAAAUCCUUUUACAAUCUCACCGUUCUUGCCACUGACGGAGGAACUCCAUCUAAAACAGCCACUACUGAAGUAAAUGUCAUUGUAGAAGACGUUAAUGAUGAAACACCAGAACUGAUACUGGGUAAAACAAAUAUAGAACUUUAUGAAAACAUAACCGUUAAUUCUUAUAUUACUUCAAUAAAAGCUACAGACAAGGACUUGAAUAGUAAGCUGAUUUUCAAUAUUUCACAAGAGACAAUUGAAAUAAAUGGAAAAGGAAGAGAAGUCAAUAAAAAUACUAUCGUGCCAUAUUUUGAGAUUGAUCACAAUACGGGAAAUAUUACUCUAAAGGAAAAACUAGACAGAGAAACAUUUGAGCGUAUCAUACUAAAAGUUGAAGUAUCAGAUCAGAAUACUGUUGUGGGAGUUGGAACAGCAACAGGAUUUUUGACAAUUACAAUCAAGGAUAUAAAUGAUUGUUACCCAGUUUUUAGAGAAAAUUUUACAUUACUAAAUUUGGUUGAAAACUAUCCUGUCGGAAGCAUUAUUGCAACACUUACAGCCACUGAUGAUGACAAAAAUGACUUUGUAACAUAUAAAAUUCUCGACAGUUCUAACAAGUUUGGCAUUAACGAUAAAACUGGUGAAAUUUCAUUAAAAACAGAGCUGGAUCGUGAAGAAAAUCCAAACAUCACAUUUAAUGUAGUGGCCAGUGAUUCCUUGUUACCAACAUUAUCUUCCACGGCAACAGUUUUUGUUGUUGUUGAAGAUUUUAAUGAUAAUGCCCCAGAAUUUCAGAACCUUGUAUCUAUAUUACCUGUACCAGAAGACACUUCUGUAAAUACCACAAUUACUACAAUAACAACUACUGAUAAAGAUAUAGGAAUACAUGCGAAUGUUAGUUAUACUCUGACAGUUUCUGGUGGAAAUUCUCCUUUUAAAAUUGAUAAAAUAACUGGAGAAAUAGUGGUAAUUUCAGAACUUGACAGAGAGGCUGUGGAUAAGUACACUGUUAUUAUUACUGCUCAAGAUAACUAUGACUAUAAAAAUAAUUUUCAAAAACCUGGAUGGAAAGAAAAUACAACUACAAUCUUAAUCAAUGUAACUGAUGUUAAUGACAAUCCUCCAGUAUUUAAGUCUGAUAAAUAUUCUGAAAAUGUACAAGAAAGCAUAUCAACAGGAAUUAUCUUGACUGUUGCAACCACUGAUGAAGAUAUUGGAGAAAAUGGUAAAGUUCAGUACUCACUACAAGGAAAGGAAUCUGUGUUAUUUAAAAUGGAUCCAGGUACAGGUGUUCUGAGUAUUGCUUCAGAUUUAACAAAUAAAAUAGGAGUCAAGUGUUUCAAUGUUACUGCAAAAGACCAAGGAAAUCCACCAUUAAGUUCAACUACAUCUAUUUGUAUUAAUAUUACUGACAUUAACAACAACAAUCCAAAAUUUGAAAAGCCAAAUGAUACAAUCACUAUACCAGAGGCUGUGAUUUCUACAGAGCCCAUAAUGGAUCAUUCUUCCCACAUUGUCAUGCCAUCAUUUGUAUUCACAUUGUGCCAAUUUUGA